AUGAGCGAGUUUAACACUAAAACAUCCCCAGCAACCAACCAGGUGUCUGGCCCAGAAGAGAAAGGAAAAGCUGGAAGUAUCAAGAAGUCUGAGGAGGAGGAGAUUGAUAUUGAUCUGACGGCACCAGAAACAGAGAAGGCUGCCCUUGCCAUUCAGGGCAAGUUCCGAUGA